AUGUCAUCCAUUCCAUCAUUUAAUGAAAGAGUUCACUAUUAUAAGGAAGCAUUAAAGCCAUCAUCAAUUGAUAUUAGUAUCAUCCAACAUCUUGCAGAGCAAGGAAUUCCAGAAUCACACGGUUUAAGAGCAUGUUAUUGGAAGAUUUUAUUAAGAUAUUUACCAUUAGAUAGAACACAAUGGGAAAUUCAUUUAAAAAAAAGUAGAAAUGGUUAUCAAGAUUUUAUUAAUGAAUUAAUGAUUGACCCAUAUAAAGGUGAUUCACCACCACCAAAACAAGAAGAAUUUGAUCAUCCAUUAAGUGUUCAAACAGAUAGUAAAUGGAAUGAAUAUUGGAAAGAUCAAAACAUAUUAAUAGAUAUUGAAAAAGAUGUUAGAAGAACAUUUCCAUCAAUGCAUUUCUUUAAUUAUCAACAAGAGGAUGGUAAAUCAAUUCAUUAUGAGGCAUUAAGACGUAUUCUAUUUAUUUAUGCAAAAUUGAAUCCAGGUAUUAAAUACGUUCAAGGUAUGAAUGAAAUAUUGGGUCAUGUUUAUUACAUUUUUGCAACUGAUCCUGAUCAAGAUUGUAAAAAAAAUGCAGAAGCAGAUUCAUUCUAUUGUUUCACAAGUUUAAUGAGUGAAAUUCGUGAUAACUUUUGUAAAACUCUAGAUAGAUCUGAUGUUGGUAUCAUCAGUAGUAUUAAAAAAUUAAAUAGAAUUUUAAAAGAUAAUGAUUUAGAAUUAUGGACUGAUUUAGAAGAUAAAAAAUUGAAUCCACAAUUUUAUAGCUUUAGAUGGAUUACAUUAUUAUUAUCCCAAGAAUUUGAAUUACCAGAUGUAUUAAGAUUAUGGGAUGCAUUAUUUUCAGAUCCAAAUAGAUUUGAUUUAUUAUAUUUUUUCUGUUGUUCAAUGUUAAUUUGUGUAAGAGAUCAAAUUUUAAAAUCAUCAUUUGCAGAUUCAUUAAAGCUAUUACAAGCUUAUCCAAAUACAAUUGAUUUUCAUACUAUUUAUUCCACAGCAUUAUCAUUAAAGAAUAAAACAUUUAAAUUAAAUACAGAGAAUGUUUUAGAAUCUGGACAGUCCUAUGCAAUUAGAUUUUUCAAUCCAUUUGCAUCAUUAUCUUCACCAACAUCACCAAAUUCAAGUGUUAAUUCAAACAAUAGUGGAAGGACAAGUCCAAAUAAUUCAACUGUACAUGAUGGAGGAAAUAAUAAUAAUAUUAUUAGUAACGAUAAUAAUAAUAAUAUUAAUAAUAAUAAUAAUAAUAAUAAUAAUCAUUCUGUUAAUACAAAUAAUUUAAAAAGUGAAAAUUCCAUAACCAAUAGCAAUAGCACUAGUAAUAGUUUGUUAAAUAAAUUAAAACCUUCAUCUGGUUCAUCUUCACCUGUAACAACUACAGUUUUACAAUCUUCAAUUGCGAAUAAUAAUAAUAAUAAUAAUAUUAAUAAUAAUAAUAAUAAUAAUAAUAAUAAUAAUAUUAAUAUUAAUAAUAAUAAUAAUAAUAUUAACAGUAGUAGUAAUAAUAAUAAUAACACGCCCACAAUACCUCCAAAUAAUAGUGGUAAUAAUAACAAUAAUAAUAACAAUAAUAAUAAUAAUAAUAAUAAUAGUAAUAAUAAUAAUAAUAAUAAUAAUAAUAAUAAUAAUAAUAAUAAUAAUAAUAAUAAUAAUAAUAAUAAUAAUAAUAAUAAUAGUAAUAAUAAUAAUAUUAAUAAUAAUAACAAUCUCAAUAAUAAUAGUAAUAACAAUAAUAAUUCUACAACUCCAAAUAAUCAAAGCCCAAGUAAUCAAACUCCGAUUAUAAAAGGUUUCUUUUCCAAAUAUUUCGAAUCUUAA